CAGCCCUCUCAAUUCCUGGCAAAUAGAUGGGGAAGAAAUGGAGACCCAGCCACUUUCACAGUGCAAUAACAAAUGCCCUUUGGGCUACAGUAAGAGCAAGUUAGAAGGGAAGCCAUUUUGCUGCUAUGAUUGCCUUCAAUGUCCAGAAGGGAAGUUUUCAAACCAACAAGACAUGGAUGAAUGUUUUCAAUGUCCAGAUGAUGAGUACCCUAAUAAGAAGCAGGAUUUGUGCCUUCCCAAAGUUAUAACAUUCUUGAAGUAUGAAGAAUCUUUAGGGAUGGUUUUAGCCAGUUCUGCUCUUUUCUUUUCUUUGGUCACAGUUGCAGUCUUUUGGAUCUUUAUUAAGCAUCAGGACACUGCCAUUGUCAAAGCCAACAACCAAAAUAUCACAUAUGUUCUCCUUGUUUCUCUUCUGUUGUCUUUUCUUUGUACUGCAUUAUUUCUUGGGAAACCUAACAACGUGACAUGUCUCCUUCGUCAAACUGCCUUUGGCAUUAUCUAUUCAGUUGCCAUUUCUUGUGUUUUGGCCAAAACCACCAUUGUGGUUCUGGCCUUUAUGGCCACCAAACCAGGGUCCAAGAUGACCAAAUGGGUGGGGAGAAAACUAGCUAUGUCUAUAGUAUUUUGCUGCUCCUUUAUUCAAAGUAAUAUUUGUAUUCUAUGGCUGAUAAUCACUCCUCCAUUCCCAGACGUUGACAAAAAUUCCAUAUCAGAAGAAAUAAUCUUAGAAUGUAAUGAAGGAUCAGUCUUCAUGUUUUAUGGUGUCUUGGGCUUUAUGGGUUUCCUUGCCAUUAUCAGCUUCAUGGUAGCUUUCCUAGCUAGGAAGUUGCCUGAUACUUUCAAUGAAGCCAAGUUUAUCACCUUCAGCAUGUUGGUCUUCUGCAGUGUCUGGUUGUCCUUUAUUCCAACGUACCUGAGCACAAAAGGGAAAUAUAUGGUUGCUGUUGAGAUCUUCUCCAUUAUAGCCUCUAGUGGGGGGUUAUUAAUUUGUAUUUUUUCUCCCAAAUGUUAUAUUAUCAUUCUAAGUUUUUUAAAGGAUAUUAAGAAUAGCUCCUAG